GAGCACUCUCCUCUCUCCUCUCUCUCACUCAUAUCUUUCUGAAUCAUUUCAAUCAAUCACAGUUUUUGGAACUCCGUGACGAGCAAUGACACCCACGCCCAAAGGUUUUUUAAAAUCCAUCACCCUUUCUUGUGGCUCACAAUCACAGCCCACCGGAAACCAGGCAACAUUGCAUAAAUUCAGCUCUCGAAAUUCGAUCAAUCUCCGCACCAUUUCUUCUUCUUGAUUUGUUUCCUCUUCCAACAACUCCCGCCACAUUUAUGUGCUAAAUGUUAUUCAGAUUCCUCAAUUCCAUCAACCAAGUCAAAACUGGGUUUUAUCUGUUCCCAGUUUCUUGUCCUCCUCCAUUCCCGGAAAUGAAAUGCCCCGCCUCUCCAUUGCUAAAAUCAUUCUGAAGCCACACUGCGAUUUUUGUUACUUAUGAUUCUGAGUGAAUGGUGAGGCGUGCUGGCAUAGGUUUAGGUUUAGGUGCUGCUGCUGAACCCGCGGCGGCUCCUAGGGUUCCGCCUGGGGUGGUGGGCGGCGGCGGCGAUGUGAACAGAGACGAGCAUUGGAGGAGCUUCGACAACUCCGUCAAUGCGGUGUCGUUUGGGUUCGUUGCAACUGCUAUCCUCAUUUCUCUGUUCCUUGUCAUGGCAGUUUUCGAGAGGUUCCUCCGUCCACGUUCCCCACCUGAUGCCGCCGCCAGCAGAGGCGGCGACGGCAGCAGCCCGGACAGUGAUUCGACCAACAUGAGAAAACUAGACCAUCCUUCUCCUAAGAUGACCGUCUAUCCGAGAGGAGUGUCAGUCCUAAUGCCCGGAGAACGAUUUCCUACUUUCCUCGCACAUCCGGUGCCGGCACCACCACCAUAUGCUGCUGAAAGGUUAUCUUAGAUGCAACUUCUGUCAAGAUCC